AUGACAAAAGAAAAAUAUUUAUCAAAAAAUAAUGAAGAUGUCAAUAUAGUUGAAACUAUCAAUCAAGUACAAACCGUUUUAUUUGGUGAUAACAUGACAGAUCAAGACCCAGACAUGGAAAUGGUAUUAAGAAAACAACGACAAACGUUUCUCAAUCGGAUCAAACAAGAUAUUAAUGAAACAGCCAACGAAAAAUAUUUCAAACUGAAAAUGAAAAGUUUUUUGGAUCGGAUAUUUACAAUAGUUUCUUUGGUAUUCGGUCGAACAACAGAAACAGUAACCGAUAUAAGAAACAUCGCCAAUGCAGCCGUUAUCUCCAUGCAGCCAUCGAAAUAUUUAAAUUACUUUGGCGUAUGUUCAAUUUGUACGGAAGACAUUACUGACGAAAACCAACCUAUAAUAACAAAAUGUAAUCAUGUAUAUCAUAAAAUUAUUAGAUUUGAACUGAGAACAUCUAAAAUGGCUACAAAUCGAUUCUUUUUAAAUGAUGAUACAUCGUCUAGUUCCGAAAGUAGCGAUGAUGAACAGCAACCAACACAACCAAAAGGUGAUAUGAAAAAAACACUUCCAAAACCAGCUGGUAAAGCAGCUGGCAAGCCGUAUGUAGCAUUCAGUGAUGAUGAAGAAGAUGUUAAACGGGUAGUUAAAAGUGAACGUGAAAAACGUUACGAUGAACUUCGUGAAAUAAUCAAAAAAAUGAAAAAUGCUAAACGAAUUCGUGAUAUCGGAUUAGUAUUUGAAAGUUUUGAGAAUUUAACAAAAGCAUUUGACAAAGCGCGAAAAGUUGUGGAAAAAGAUCAAGCAAUACCAAGAUUUUAUAUACGCACAUUAGUCGAAUUAGAAGAUUUUGUUAAUGAAUGUUGGAAAGAUCAUAAUUGGCGUGAUACGUUGGAUAGAAACAACACAAAAAAUUUAAAUUCAACAAGACAAAAAAUUAAACGUUAUAAUAAGAGUGACGCUUUUCUAAAAGAGACCACUGCAUAUAGAGAAAAUCCUGACGUUGGUGCUGAUGUUGAUGCGUUAGAAUCUGAUCUGUCAGCGAACGAAGCUGAAAGUGAUGACGAUGAUAUUCAUGCUCCAAAGGCACCUGUACCUGUUCCAUCUAGCGCAAGUGCUGCGGCUAAAAUGAAAUCAAAAUCAAAAGAUAAUGAAGAUGAAAGUGAAGAAAGCGAUGACUGGGAUGUUAGUGAUGAAGCAUCAACCGGCGAUGAAAUUGAUUUGACUGAUGUUCCAAAAGAAGAACUAUAUAAAAUAUUUUUGAAAAAACCUGAUGCACCCGGUGCAGAGAGAGAAAAAAUAGACAAAGCAACACGAGAUAAAGAUGAGAAAGAUAAAAUAAGAAACAAACAGAAAAUACGAAGAGAAAAGCAACUUGAACCAUCUGAUGAAGAAGAUGAAAUUCCCUCGCGACAAGACCAUCGUGGUUUAGUAAUAUUCGGUAAAGAUGAAGAAGUCACACAUGACGCUAUUAUGAAAAAAUUAAAUGAAAUCAUUGCAUUACGUGGUAAAAAAUCAGCAAAUCGUCGCGAACAAUUGGAAUGUUUACAUAUUUUACGACAAUAUGUUGAUAAACAAAAUUUGGGUGUUGGAUUAGAUGUUAAAAUUUUAUUGGUGCAAAUUGCUGUUAGUUUUGAUUACCAUCAUAAGGGAAAUGAAUGCUUGAAACCGGAAACAUGGACAAGAGCGCUCGAUUAUAUUGAUGAAUUACUGAAUUUAUUAGCAAACAAUCUGGAACUUCAAAUAAGUGAAAAUAUAUCUGAAGAAUCAGAAAAUUUGAAAGAUGGUCCUAAUUAUCGUAUUCACGGUGAUGUUAUAACAAUUAUCGUUAAAAUGGAUGAAGAAUUUACAAAAAUAUUACAAAAUUGUGAUGCACAUAGUCAAGAAUAUGUUGAUCGUCUUAAAGAUGAAUUACGUGUGUGUGCAAUUAUUGAACGUUUAAAAGCCUAUUUGGAAUCAAAAGUAAAUGAACAAAUAAUGACUAGUAUUUCAUCAACAAAUCAACCACUAUUAACACCCGAAAGUAUUCCGUUAGUAAAUUCACAACAUUUGUGUACGAUUUAUCUUCGAGCUAUUGAACAUUUAUAUUAUAAAUAUGAUCAAGAUUCAGAACAACCAUCGAAGCAGAUUAUGGAUCGUCUAUGUAAAUUCAUUUAUACAAAAGAUACGUUGAAUCGUGCACGUGCUCGUGCUAGUUUAUGUCAUGUUUAUCAUCAUGCAUUACACGAUCGAUAUUAUGAAGCACGUGAUUUAAUGUUAAUGUGUCAUAUGCAAGACACAAUUACUUCAUCAGAUGUAUCCACACAAAUAUUGUAUAAUCGAACAAUUGUUCAGUUAGGUUUAUGUGCAUUUCGUUUUGGUUCAAUUAAAGAAGCUCAUCAAGCUCUUGUUGAUAUGCAAUCAGGCAAUAGAGCAAAAGAAUUACUUGCACAAGGUGUACAAAUGAUACGAAAUCAAGAACGAACUCGUGAACAAGAAAUGAAAGAAAGACAACGUCUAUUACCAUUUCAUAUGCAUAUUAAUUUGGAAUUAAUUGAAUGUGUCUAUUUAGUAUCAGCCAUGUUAAUCGAAAUACCAUUUAUGGCAUCUCAUGAAUACGAUGCUCGAAAACGUCCAAUAAGUAAACAUUUUCAUACACAAAUGCGUCAAGCUGAAAAACAACCGGUAUUUGGUCCACCAGAAUCGAUGCGUGAACAUGUAGUGGCUGCUAGUAGAGCAAUGAAAACGGGUGAUUGGCGAUCAUGUGUUAAUUUUCUAAUUAAUGAAAAAAUGAAUGGAAAAGUUUGGAAUUUGAUGCCUCAAGCUGCUCAUGUUCGUAAAAUGUUAACCGAUAAAAUUAAGGAAGAAUCGUUACGUACAUAUUUAUUUACAUAUGCCACCGUUUAUGAUGCUAUAUCCAUGCCCGUAUUAGCUGAAAUGUUCGAAUUACCAGUGAAACAUGUUUAUAGUAUUAUAAGUAAAAUGAUCAUUAAUGAAGAACUUAUGGCAUCACUUGAAGAGCCGAAUCAAACAGUGAUUAUGCAUCAUACAGAUCCAUCUCGUACACAAGCAUUAUCGUUACAAUUAGUCGACAAAAUAUUUCAAGUACUUGAACAGAACGAUAAACUUGUACAAUUUCGUAAUGGUGAAUCAUCGUUUUAUUCGAGACCACAACGUAAACGAUGUGAUAAAUUAAUUUUUACUGUUGGCACCAAUGAAAAUGAUACAAUUUAUCAACAAUUAUUAACCAAAUGGAAAUUAGCCUCAUUAACAAAUAUUGAACUUCAUUUUUUAAAUUUAAGCGAUGAUUAUAACAAAUUGAUAGAUAAAUCAUUCAAAUCUAUAUCAUUGAAUAAAAAUAUAAUUUUAUCCGUUGUAGGCGAUGAUGAUACCUAUGUGUUAGUUGAAAAUUUGAAAAAGUUUGUUAAAAAUAAAGAUUCAGAUCAGCACGCUUAUUAUGGAUAUGGUCUUGCUCAAAAUAUUGGCAAAGAUCGUGUUGAUUAUGCAAGUGGUGGUGGUGGUUAUUUGUUAUCUCGUCAAACAUUUCUUAGUUUUGGAAAAAUACUCACUAAACCUUUUAAUCACGAACAUCUAAACAAAUGUAAAUAUUAUUCAUUUGAAGAUGUUAGUUUAAGUCGAUGUUUAAAAGUUCUUUUUAAUGUGACACUUAAACUGGGCGUAGAUAAAAAUGGUAAAAAUCAAUUUUUACCUAUUGAUCUUGAACAUAUGUUUAAAAUACAAUUACCUCGGUGGAUAUUCACUAAAUCAUUAAAUCGUAUAAUACAACAACAAAAUAAUUCACAAUGUUGUAGUCCUGAAUUGAUCACCAUGCAUUAUGUUACUCCAUUGGCAAUGGAAUAUUUUGAUUAUAUAUUUUAUUCAUUAAAAACAUCAUUACUAGAAUGA